UUAUACAAGAAUGAAUGUUGAAAGAUUCGAGUAUCUCUUGAGUUUAAUUGGUCCACUGUUAAAGAAACGAAAAAUGUACACUACUCUUUUACCCUCUCAGAGACUUGCCAUAACAUUAAGGUUCUUGGCAGCAGGAGACAGUCAGGGUACUCUGAGCUUUUCCUAUAGAUGUGGCAAGAGCACUAUCUCUCAGAUCCUGGCUGAAACUACUCGAGCACUUGUAAGUGUUUUGAAGAAUGCAUUUGUAAAGCCUCCUGCAAAUGAAGCGGAGUGGCGUGAGGUGGCUGCUGGAUUUUGGGAAGAAUGGCAGUUUCCCCAUUGUGUGGGAGCCAUCGAUGGGAAGCACAUUCAAAUGCAGGCCCCACAAGCUUCUCAAAGUAUUUACUUUAAUUACAAGAAAACAUUUAGCAUAGUUCUAUUGGCAGUUUGUGAUGCAUACUACAAUUUCAUCAUGCUCGAUGUAGGAGCAGAAGGCUCACAAAGUGAUGGCGGAUUUUUCAAUCGUCUGAAAUGGGUCGGCGAUUGA